AUGGCUUUUAUGAAGAACUAUCUCUUCCUUAUUCUCGGGAUCUUCCUGGCCUACUAUUUCUAUUCUGACAAUGAAGAAUUCAGACCAGGGAUGCUCAAAGGAAAGAAAGUGAUUGUCACAGGGGCCAGCAAGGGGAUUGGAAAAGAGAUGGCCUAUCAUCUGGCGAAGAUGGGAGCUCAUGUGAUGGUGACAGCAAGAUCAGAAGAAGCUCUAAGGAAGAUAGUAUCUGACUGCCUAGAGUAUGGAGCAGCCUCAGCACACUACAUUGCUGGCACCAUGGAGAACAUGACUUUUGCAGAGCAAUUUGUUGCCAAAGCUGAAAAGAUCAUGGGAGGAAUAGACAUGCUCAUUCUCAACCACAUCAUCAGUACUCCUAUGCAACCAUUUGCUGGCGAUAUCCACUUUGUGCGCAAAAGUAUGGAGAUCAACUACAUCAGUUAUGUGGUCCUGAGUACGGCUGCCCUUCCCAUGCUGAAGCAGAGCAAUGGAAGCAUUGUCGUUGUCUCCUCAAUGGCUGGGAAAAUGGCUAGUCCACUUAUUGCUUCCUAUUCUGCCAGCAAGUUUGCUCUCGAUGGGUUUUUCUCCUCCAUCAGAAAGGAAUACUUGGUGGCCAAAGUCAAUGUGUCGAUCACUCUAUGUAUCCUCGGCCUCAUAAACACAGACUCAGCCAUGAAGGCAUCUUCUGGGGUAUUCAACGCAGAGGCAGCUCCGAAGGAAGACUGUGCCCUGGAGAUCAUCAAAGGGGGCGCUCUGCGCCGAGAGGAAGUGUAUUACAGCAAAUUAGCAUGGAGCAGCCUCCUGCUGAGAAAUCCGGGAAGGACCAUUCUGGAAUACCUCAGCCUAAGAUAUUAUAAUAAGGACAAGUUUAUAAACAACUAG